AUGGCGCAGUUGCUCAAGAGCUAUCUCGGCCUAGGCCGAGCCACUACUGCCGACGACGAGAGUGCCCCUGUCAGGGCACUACCGGCCUCGUGGUAUACAUCCCAUGAGAUGUAUGAGUUGGAAAGGCGGGCCAUUUUCUCCAAGAAGUGGCUCCUCACAACACACAAGCACCGCAUCCCCGAACGAGGCGACUGGGUUCGAUAUGAUGUUGCUGGAUUCGACUUCGUCAUCUGCCAAGAUCGCGAUGGAAACAUCAACGCCUUCCACAAUGUCUGCAGGCAUCGCGCCUUUCCCAUCGUCACUCAAGAGAAAGGCAACAACUUCAUGUUUUCCUGCAAGUAUCACGGGUGGUCGUAUGGUCUCAAUGGCAAGCUGGCCAAGGCACCAGGCUAUCAAGACAUGGAGGGCUUCGACAAGUCCAAGAACAACCUACUGCCGGUCCACGUCCACGUCGACGACAAGGGCUUCAUCUGGGUGAACCUUGAUGGUGGCGCAAAGCCCCAAGUGGCUUGGGAGGAUGACUUCGCUGGCAUCGACAAGCAGACCAGGUUUCAGUUCUACAACUUUGAAGAGUACCAGUUUGAUCACACCUGGGAGAUGGAGGGCGAGUACAACUGGAAGAUCCUGGCAGACAACUACAACGAGUGCUACCACUGCAAGACAACACAUCCUGACAUUCCGACCAUCGCGGACCUCAGCUCCUACUGGGUAGAGACAACCGGCGGCCACAUCCAGCACUUUGGCAGCCCGACAGAAGAACAAAUCGCCAGGGGCUUCAGAGUCGCCGCGACUUACUACUUCCCCAACGCGUCGUUGAACAUCUCGCCGCACUUUUUCUUCAUCCAGAGAUUCGUCCCAAGCGGGCCGACAACAUCAACAAUGAGGUACGAGGUUUACAGAAACAAGAACUCCAGCGACGAAGACUUUGGUGUCAUCGACGCCAUGUACAAGAGGAUCAUGUCCGAGGACAAGGUGCUUUGUGCGAACGCACAGAAGAACCUGAACGCGGGCGUUUUCGUCAACGGGGAGCUGCACCCCAAGAUGGAGAAGGGACCGCUCUUCUUCCAGAAGUCGGUCCGAGACCUGCUCACAAGCCACCACAAGAAGGAGAUUGAGGCUGGCUGCGAGAUUUGGCCGGCUCGGCAGACCUUGCCGGUGGCGUCUCAGGCUAGCGAGAAUGAUGUCAACUUCUGCUCAGCGGUGGACUGCUGCAGAAUUCCCAAGGAGAUUACGGUUUAA